AUGGCCGCCUUACCUGAUCUCGCUGAGUGGUUCGCCAACUCGAACGAUGCACUCAAUGUGAGCCUGGUGUCUCCCUCCAAGUCUGGGCUUCGACUUGUUGGAACGUUCCACCCCAAGUUCACGUACCCCAUUUUCGGCGAAGAAGAGAGGAUUUUUGGCUACAAGGAUCUUAAAAUCAGUUUACGAUUCCGGGCGAAUGAUAUGCGACCACACUUGGAAACUACCUACAGCAAAAAACUGAGUCCUCCUGCUGGCGUAGAAGAACCUACAGACAUCAACGCUGUGCUCCAAGAAGGAAAUCAUUUGCCGAAAGUUGCCUUUGUCAAGAGUGCCGACUUCGAGAGCAGUGCUCAGCAACUUGGCGACAAUUGGACACCUCCUGGAACCCUUCAAGAGACCAUCGAUGGCCCCGAUGGCCAAUAUGAAAUUUGGAGAGGCAGCUUGGAGGAUCCGGCCAUCAGACAACUAAACUCGCGCAUUCAUAUUUUGGUGCCUUUGUUCAUCGAAGGUGGUUCCUACAUUGGCCAGAACCCAGAGUCCGACUCACCCGACAUCGACCUAUCUGAUGCACACCGUUGGACAGUCUUUUUCCUCUACCGCACACAGAGAUCAGAUGACGAGCCUGAUAAGAAAUCUUACGUUUUUGUUGGAUAUUCCACUGUAUAUCGAUUUUUCUACUUUGGGCGAGCUUUGACUCCGCCACCGGAGUCAGGAGAUGCAUGGGAAUUGCCCGAUGGCAACUUCGACUUGCUAAACCUGCCAUGCAGAACCAGACUUUCUCAAUUUAUUGUCCUACCCCCUUUCCAGGGCAAGGGUCAUGGGGCUAAGUUGUACAAGUCCAUCUUCCAACAUUACCACAAGCAUGAUCAAACGUAUGAAUUCACCGUUGAGAACCCCAACGAGGCCUUCGACGAUUUGCGAGACGUUUGCGACCUUUCUUUCCUCAAGACAAUCCCAGAGUUCAGCAAUCUCAAACUAGACUCGUCAGUUACAAUUCCCAAGAAAGGUCUUGUACCGAAUCUGGUUGUGGGAGGAGACAAAGUUGAAGAAAUCCGUAUCAAGGCAAAGAUUGCCCCGCGACAGUUUCAUCGGGUGCUAGAGAUGUAUCUGAUGUCUCAGCUUCCAGCAUCAGUGCGACCAUCUAUGGCGUUGGACGAUGAUCCUCCAGCUCCCACUCAGGCAGACAAGCAUCUGGAACGUUUGUGGCAACUUAUUGUGAAGCAACGACUGUACAGACACAACCGGGAUGCCCUCUCUCAGAUUGAGCAACCUGAACGUAUCGACAGACUGCAAGAGACUUUGACAGGUGUUGAGUUAGAGUACGCUCGAAUUCUGGCGGCCCAUGACCGUGCCGCGGGUCACACCUCCGUUUCUAGUCCGGCCCAGUCCAACGGGAAGCGCAAGCUCGAUGAGACUGGGGAUGAGAGUGCAAGCAAAAAGGCGAGAGUAGAAGAUGCUUAG